CACAGUCUUGCCAAAUGAGUCAGAGCCUCUGAGAGCACAAACGCAUCAAAGGCUUUCAACAACACAUGGUAAGAUAGUCUGUUCUAAGGAUUACUUUAUUUAAUAUGUUAUAAGGACAGAUUCAAACAGUCAUGGUGAUAAUGUGAGAGUUUGGAUUGUGUAGAUAUGCUGUGUGAAGGAUACUUUGACCGCUGGGGUGCUCAUCACUCUGGGUUCUACUGCCCCCGCCUGUCAGAGCCCCCUGCCCAGUCUUACUGCUGCUGGCUGGGACAGGGGCUCAAGCAGUGCUGUACACUAACACUGUAUCAGAACAGCAUGAACUUCAGCCAGACGGACACCAGAGGAAGUCUAAAACACCUUCUCGACAGCAAAAGGCCUAUUUUGAAGAUGGUGAUCAUGCUCUAUGGGUGCUUGGUGCUGGUUCUGUUGCUAAUGGACUUCCUGUGGUUCUGUCGAGCAAGAGGUCUCACUGUGAUAUCAGUUCUAAAGAACUACUUCACCUGCCCCCAGUGGAUCUCUGGGAUCCUCUUUCCCCACCACUCCCACAAGAAGACAGAGCGCUACCAUGGCGAUAGAAGAGCGUCAGUAAGCCUACGUGAGCACAAAAUCCCGAGGGAACUCCCUUGUCUCUAAGGCAACAGAAGACACAAAACAAUGGGGCAGUGUGUGGCUAUCCCAUUAAACAAGGAUAAUGUCCCUGGGGUGCUGCAGACAUUUCCAUGCCAAACUCUGUUUUCUAGCAUUAUAACUGUGAUAAAAUGCAACCUAAUAUAUGCAUAAAACUGAUGCACAAUGGCAAAAUAGGGGAUUUCCUGAUAUAAUUCUUAAUCCGCCCAUUCAUCUGUUUAAUCGAUGAUUAGUUUUGUCCUUAUCUACAAUAAAUAAUUGUGGUACUUGCCACCAACUAAUGUAAAACAUUGGUGUACGGUAAAUUCUAGAAUAGUUAA